AUGGAACGUUCAAAAGUAAUAAAACGCGCUCGAUAUCCCUGUUUAUUUUAUUGACCACUCGCCAGAUGUUUGCGCAUUGUUUUCCAGUGCGCAGUAGUUUCUCUGUCGUGAAAUCGGGAUUCUGUUUUAGUAAUAUAUCUAUUCUGCCAUUUUGAAAAUAGUGGCGUGUAUGGAUUAGACCUAGUGUUUUUUAUGUGACAAAUAUGUCCGGGAGCAAUGAUAAAGCGUCGACUACGCAGCGUAUGAUCCAAAGUGUCGCUUUCCCUCCUAGCCACAAGCUCACAGUAUCGGAAGUAUUUGAUGAAAAAACUGCAAAGCCCUUACCAGAUGUCCUCAAGCAGCAUUUUAUCUUAGAGGGUAGAAUCGAGGAAAAUGCAGCUUUACGCAUCAUUCAAGAUGGUGCCACCUUAUUACGAUCAGAGAAAACUAUGAUCGAGAUCGAUUCACCGGUGACCGUGUGCGGAGACGUCCAUGGCCAGUUCUAUGAUUUGAUGAAACUGUUCGAGGUGGGAGGUUCUCCCUCGUGCACCAAGUAUUUAUUCUUAGGUGAUUAUGUCGACCGAGGUUAUUUUAGUAUAGAAUGUGUUCUUUACCUUUGGGCGUUGAAGUUGUGUUAUCCGAAGACAUUAUUUCUAUUACGCGGUAAUCACGAAUGUCGGCACUUGACAGAAUACUUCACUUUCAAGCAAGAAUGCAAGAUCAAGUAUUCUGAGAAAGUGUAUGAUGCCUGUAUGGAAGCAUUCGACUGCUUACCCCUUGCUGCCCUCAUGAACCAGCAGUUCUUGUGUGUACAUGGUGGUCUCUCUCCUGAGAUAAACAGCUUAGAUGACAUUCGUAAACUAGAUAGAUUCAAAGAACCUCCUGCAUUUGGAGCCAUGUGUGACCUACUUUGGUCUGAUCCCCUGGAGGACUUUGGCAAUGAAAAUAAUGCUGAGCAUUUCUCGCACAACUCUGUAAGAGGUUGUUCUUAUUUCUACAGUUAUGCAGCUUGCUGUGAUUUUCUACAAAGAAACAAUUUGCUGUCUAUCAUACGGGCGCAUGAAGCACAAGAUGCAGGCUAUAGGAUGUACCGUAAGAGUCAAACCACUGGUUUCCCAAGUCUGAUUACCAUAUUCUCUGCUCCUAACUAUUUGGAUGUUUACAACAAUAAAGCUGCUGUGUUGAAGUAUGAGGACAACGUGAUGAACAUUAGGCAGUUCAAUUGCUCACCACACCCCUACUGGCUUCCCAACUUCAUGGACGUGUUCACUUGGUCUCUCCCAUUUGUGGGUGAGAAGGUGACAGAAAUGCUUGUCAAUGUAUUAAAUAUCUGUUCUGAUGAUGAACUAAUGUCUGAAGGUGAUGAUGCAUUGGAGGAAGCUAAUCUCAGAAAAGAAGUUAUACGCAACAAGAUCCGUGCUAUAGGUAAAAUGGCUCAUGUGUUCUCUGUUCUCCGUGAGGAAAGUGAAUCUGUUCUGCAGCUCAAGGGUUUGACUCCGACCGGUGCCCUGCCAUUGGGUGCUCUAUCUGGUGGUAAAACAUCUCUCAAAAACGCCUUGCAGGGCUUCUCUCCAAACCACAAGAUAACCUCAUUUGCUGAAGCCAAAGGGCUGGACGCCAUCAAUGAGCGCAUGCCGCCCCGGCGCGACGGCCAGCGCACACCCGACACCCAGGACAAGAAGGCGCAUGUGAACAGCAAUGCACAUUCGUGAAGUGCUAGCUACAUUUUCUCUUCAGUCCUUACUUUUUGAUCCACUAUUCUAGUGAUUGUGAAAUAUGUGUGAAGGUGACUCAGCUUUUGGAAAAAUAUUUCACAUUAAUUUUUAGGUGGAUUUGAAGGGAAUUGUCAUAAUAGAUACUAAAUAUUUAAAAAAUUUGGAUUUAA